CACUACAAUCCGGAGUUUGAGCUCCAAGUGAUAACUGUAAACCACCGGUAUCUUCUUCAAACACCUCAAGAGAAUGAUAAUCAUAGAAAGUGCUCCAUUUCUAAUCCUGUUUCUUUAUGGCUUGACCUUCACAAAUGGGCUGGUGCCAGACCCACAGCUGCAUCCUCCUAAUGACCCACACCUGCAGCAUGCUGGAGGCACACUUACACUCGUCUGCAGUGGUUCUACUCAUUUGCAUUGGGGGCUGCCCAGUCGGGACCUAAGCUCUAAAGGGGUGCAUAUUACCAAGUGUGGGCACAGUGCACACUGCAGCAAGCUGGUGAUACACAACCUAACACACACUGACACAGGACGCUACACCUGCAGCCACAACGAUUCGAGAGAACGUGAGAUCUCCACUUAUGUGUUUGUGAAAGAUGAUAAUCAUCCAUUUGUGGAGACCUUCAGUGAAAAAAUCCUGUUUAUAUACAGACAUGACAAAGUGCUGGAGGUCCCUUGCAGGACAACAUCUCCUAGUGUAAAUGUUGCCUUGAUAACAAUGCCCGCCAUGAAGACAUCUAUCCAAGCUGGAGUGACAUGGGACCCAAAAGUGGGUUUUAGGAUUCCAAUGGGUUCAUUUCAGAUGUACAGCAUGAUCACAUGUAUGACAAGUUCGGAUAAAGCUUUACAUUUCAUCCCUCAACGACGUACCAAUGUUCUAAGGAAUGUGCGCAUCACACCGGAGCAUCCAAGAGUUCUGGUAGGAGACACUCUGGUUCUCAACUGUUCUGGAGACACCACAUUCAAUGGCAGGAUUAAUUUUGAUUGGAAAUUCCAGAAGAGUCAUAUCACUCGCACUCAUGAAUUUCAAAGUACGAUGGAAGAUCCUUCUAAAAAGAUGACGAUGACCAAAGCACUAAUCAUACACAACAUUACUAUGGAGGACCAAGGCACCUACACUUGCACAGGAACACUUGAUGACUCUAAGCAUGCUUCAGUAAAAGUCGCUGUGUUUGAGCAUCCAUUCCUGAAUGUGACCUACAGGGGUCGAAAGGUCGUCACUGUUCGAGAAGGAAGAAGAUUUGAGUUUCACCCCAGGGUCAAUGCCCUGCCUGGACCAGAUAAAGUAGUCUGGUACAAGAAUGGCAUGCCUAUCAAAGACUCCUUGUGUUAUGAGACCCUCGGCUAUAAUCUUACUAUCAAGGAGGUGAAAGAAAAGGAUGCUGGGGUUUUCACUAUUGCCUUGUCCAACCAUGAGAAAGGGAUUCACAGAAACAUAAGCUACACACUUUUGGUCAAAGUAAAGCCCAGGAUAUCCGAGGAAGAGGUGGCACCUCUAGGCCCUCAGACCUACAGGCAUAACCAGGAACAUCAGUUUACCUGUACUGUCUCUGGAUACCCGGAACCUGACAUCACAUGGUUGUGGCAACCAUGUGACCCUGAUCCCAGUCUCACAAAAUGCAGAUUUUACACUGAUCAAAUCCCUGUUAAGGAAAGCGUCCACUCCACAUAUCCAUCUAACAUAAUUAAGGAGCUCUCUGUUAAGAAUAAAGAGAUAAAUGGCAAAAACAAGACUAUAAGCACCCUGGUUGUGAUAGCUAAUGUGUCAGGAGCCUAUUAUUGCAAAGCCAGCAAUGCUGUGGGGGAGAGGACCAUGAAGACUGAUUUCUAUGUAAAUGAUUAUCACCAGUCUUUUGGGAUUGAACCCUUGACCACAACUGAGGGAGAAGAUGUGACAUUGACGUGCCAGGGCACACGCUUCCUCUAUGAUAACCUGAGCUGGUACAAUUGGCAAAACCGCCUCGUUCAGGAUGAUGGCUCAGUACAGAGAAUCGGUCCUUAUUCUGUCUCCACAUCACUCAGAUUGAAGAAUGUUUCCAAAGAUCAUAUGAAGGGCUUUCAGUGCAGAGCAAUCAACCUCAACACAAUGCAGGAGGUUAACACAACCUCUGCUUUAAUUGUUGAUGAGAGAAGAAUUCCAUUUUUGUGGCAGAACUUGACCAAUCAAGAUGUAAACAGCAGCAGCACUCUGACCCUGGCUUGUCUGGCCCAUGGUUUGCCCCAACCAGCUAUCACAUGGUACAAAGACAAUACUCCGAUCACUGAAGGACCAGGGAUUACCUUAAGUGAUGAUGGGGUCUUGAUCAUUCAGCGGGUUAAAAAGGAGGAUGAAGGCGUGUAUGAGUGCCAGGCCAGUAAUGCUGAAGGUGUGGUAACUUCUAGUGCAGUCAUCACUGUACUUGAUGAUGAAGGCAAGCCAAAUAUUGAAGUGAUCAUUCUAGUGUCCACGGGAGCAGCUGCCACCUUCCUUUGGAUUAUGCUUAUUCUCUUCAUCCGCAAACUGAGAAAGCCAAGUUCUGCAGAUUUAAAAGCAGGCUACCUGUCUAUCAUCAUGGAUCCAGACCAGAUGCCCCUCAGUGAGCAGUGUGACCGUCUUCCUUAUGACAGCAACAAAUGGGAGUUCCCUAGAGACCGACUCAGAUUGGGUCGAACUCUGGGCCAUGGUGCUUUUGGAAAAGUUGUGGAGGCUUCUGCAUUUGGCAUAGACAAGCUGUCUACUUGCAAAACAGUUGCUGUUAAAAUGCUGAAGGGAGGAGCUACCAACAGUGAAUGGAGGGCUCUCAUGUCUGAACUGAAGAUCCUAAUUCAUAUCGGCCAUCAUCUCAAUGUCGUCAAUCUGCUGGGUGCUUGCACCAAGCAAGGAGGGCCACUAAUGAUCAUCGUGGAGUAUUGCAAGUAUGGCAACCUUUCCAACUACUUGAGGAGCAAGAGAGGAGACUUUUUAGUUUAUAAAUCUCAGGAUGGAAAGGCACUUCUGCCGGGCUCAGGUUGCGACCUGAAUGAGCUCCUGAAGCGUCGACUGGAGAGCGUGGCCAGCACAGGAAGUUCGGCGAGCUCAGGCUUCAUUGAAGAUAAGAGCUACUGUGACUCGGAAGAAGAGGAGGAAGACCCAGAGGAUCUGUAUAAAAGAGUGCUGACUCUGGAGGACUUAAUUUGCUACAGUUUUCAAGUUGCAAAAGGCAUGGAGUUCUUGGCUUCCCGAAAAUGUAUUCACCGUGAUUUGGCAGCACGUAACAUCCUGCUAUCUGAAAACAACGUCGUAAAGAUAUGUGAUUUUGGACUCGCCAGAGACGUCUAUAAAGACCCAGACUACGUCCGUAAAGGAGAUGCCAGACUUCCUCUAAAGUGGAUGGCGCCAGAAGCUAUAUUUGACAAAAUCUACACUACACAAAGUGAUGUAUGGUCUUUUGGAGUGCUAAUGUGGGAGAUCUUUUCUCUUGGUGCCUCCCCUUACCCUGGAGUACAAAUUGAUGAGGAAUUCUGCUGCCGUUUGAAGGAAGGCACCAGAAUGCGAGCACCUGAGUAUGCUUCCUGUGAAAUAUAUGACACCAUGCUUGACUGCUGGCACGGAGAACCACAGCAGAGGCCAACAUUUACAGAGCUGGUAGAGAGACUAGGGGACCUGCUCCAGGCCAGUGUGCAGCAGGAGGGAAAACAUUACAUUCCUAUCAACACAGCACUGAUAAAGAAAGUGGAUCCGUCAAACCCAGACCCGAUAGAGGAAAUCUCCACCAGACCUGUUUCUCCCAGACACUCGGGUAACUCAUGGAAUAUUAAGAUGCGUCCAGACAGCGUAAAGACCUUUGAUGAAGUUACAAUGGGAAACGAAAAAGAUGAGAUUCAUGAGGGAGGGCAGUCGGACAGUGGCAUGGGCCUCACCUCUGACGAUCUAAAAAAGCUGAAGCAUUUGGACUCCCUGGCUCGACCCUUAAGCAUCAUGUCUUUGGCGAUAAAGAGUAAGAGUAAGGAGUGUGUUUUGUCCGAGUUGGAGAAUGAUAAGUAUGCACCACUUGUGCCUUCGCUGGAUUUCAGCAUGGAAGAUUCCUCCUUGGAUCCAGAGCUGGAGUGCCACAGCCCUCCACCCGACUACAACUACGUUGUCCGCUAUUCCAUCCCACCUGUUUGAUAAUAUUUAGCAACCCACAAUCCAACAGGACUCAGCAGUCUAACACAAGAUUGUCAUUCACUACUUUAUUUUGCUGUUUCUUUUUACCACUUCUACUAGGCCAGCACAGUGGUGCCAAGUAGAUUGGCCAGUAAAGCAGCUUAAAGAAAUAAAAUGUUUUAUCACUGCUACCUUAUAUCCAUGUUGGCACUUUUCUGGGUGAACUUUAACCAGUGUAAAGUAAUACGAGGUGCAGGGCUGCUGUUGUGUGGCUAUGAGCUGUUAUUAUCACUGUGAUACGCAGAAACACAGCUAUAAACCACCUCAGGUAUUUUUCUAAUCUACUGUGAACACAAGAAGCAGAUUACAGCUAUAUUGUAGAUUUAUUUGAUCGGAUUACAUCUUAAUGCUUAUUAGUAGAUUUGUAAAAGUAGAAUUAACAUUUAAGAAAUAAAAUAUAAAUAUUGUUCAUGUACUAAUUUAAAAAUUGACAUGGAAGAGUAUUUGAUGUAUUUUAUUUUACUUUAACUUUUUAUAUCAGUAUUUUUACAUUUUGAUGUGCUAAGAUUAUGUUUAAUUUUAAGAAAUAUUACUAUUUUAUCAAUUAAAUGCAAAAAAUCCCAAAAACAGGCAUACCUAACCUAUUACAAAUAAUAGAAUAAUUGUAGAUAUUUUUCCUUUAUGGUUCUUGCAUUAUGAUGUCACAGUUUUAUGGAAGGUAUUUUUAUACCCAAAAUUGGCAUUUUUUUACACUUUUUAUACUGUUGCACUGAUUUUUUCUGAUGAGUUGGAUCAACACCGUGCCAUUCAGGAUUAACAAUGGGCAGAAAUCAAGGAUCAUGAAUUGAACAUUGGGGGCAUCAAAUCUACCAGAUUGGGGAGGGGGAGUGUUCCCUGCCAUUCUAAAACAUUCUUGCCAUGUCAGCAACUGAUGGGAACACUGACAGAUCCUAACUUUACCCAAAGCUAGCAAGUGGUAUAUGGUUAUUUAUCAUUUUACAUCCUUGGCAAGGAAUAUGCAGUUUGUUCCAAUAACAUUUUGGUCACAUUUGCUACAGUAAAAAUGUAAAAGCUGAUACACUGAUAUUAUCUAGUCCGACUCUCUGCCACUCUGAAAAACAUCACAGAUAUGAAGAUGGCCUGUUUGGCAUCGUAAAAUUAUUGGCCAGUUGAUGUUUAUAUGGAUAAUUGCAUGUGUUCUUAGAAUAGAGUGUCAAUGUAUUCAUUAAAUCUGAGCCAAUACCAAUCCAAUAUUAUAGGCCUAAUAAUGAUCACUAGUUUUUUUCACUUUAACUUUUUGUAUAUAAAGAUAUUUUACAUUAAGUAUAUCUAUUUAUACUCCACUACUUUACAACAAUUCCUAAUACAUAUUUAUAAAUGAGAGAAAUAUGACCACUAUAAACCAUUUAAAAUAGAGUAGUAUUAUUAGACUAACAUUCACCCUAAAUAAGGAACAUAUCAUAUUGUUAUAGAACCCUUCAUUUUCUUAGUCACAUUUUAAUGUCUAAUACCAAACUUCUGUUCACACUGUAGACAUAAUAGUUAUGGAAAUGUUUGUUUUCACCUGUUAACUGGUUUUAUUUUAUUAAGAAUGUUAUUGAUCCAUGUUUGUACUAUAACCCUACUAAGGCUUGCAGGGCAGGCUGAACAUAACACUAACAGGCUGGUUAAUAUGUAAAUGGUCAUCAUAAAUGACAUGUUGUAACUGUUACAUCAGUAAAGCCAGGAUUAUUGCUAAGAAUUAAAUUAAAGGACAAAACUCUUACUCUGUAUUUGUAAUUGUUAUCCACUUUUUUUUGCCAGUAUUACAUUUAGUGUUUAAUAGACCAUUUUUUGAAACAUUACACAAAGUUGUAUUUGUAUUAUUGUUGUCCAUUAAGUGAGUAAAAUGUAUGCACUGACCUGACAUUUCUGUUUUAUACAUUUAAAAUGUUUUUGUAAUAUUAA